AUGGCAUUUGGAGCGCUGAGACGUUCACCGCAGUUCUGGCAAAUAAGUGGUGUUAAUGUUGAUCGAUCCAGUGGGGGUUUUCUUCGAACCCAACGGUUACUUUCGCAUCGUAAUAGUAUUAUUACUCCGCCAAGGAUAUUGCUACAAUCGUUGAGAUAUCAUUCUAUAGGAGAAACAGGUAAAAAAGAUGAGGAUUCCAUAGGUGACUAUGCCAGUAAGGUGAGAAAAGAGCGUGACAUACUUCUGAGCAAAUCUGACAGCACGUUAGAACGACUUAAAAUCCACUUAAAAUGGUCGUUGAAGAGGUCAAUGAGACCUUUCAAUACAGAUGAUAUAAGCGCUUUUGUUUCGUGGAUUUUAGUCAGCAAUGUACUCCUAAUUAUUUUAGGGACAACUACAUUUGCUUCUCUGAUCAUAUACCUGAUGAAUACUGUGUUUGCACAAGAAUAUGUAGCAACUCAGGUUGGGAAUUUUUUAACUAAGAACAGUGCGCUAUCCGUUGUGUUCGAGAAGGCGAUUGUUCCAGACUGGUCUUCUGGUAAAAUUUGCUUCAACAAUGUAUUUGUGUCUAGAAGGCCCAAAUUAUCCAGAAAAUUUGCCAAAGGUUCCCAACAAGAGGCUGUUGAGAGAACUAAGUUGGCUUUAAGCGAACGUCUUCUCCUAAGUCGUGAGGAUUUCGAUGAUGGAAAUUACACUCAAUUUGAUCUCACAAUCGAUCAAGUAGAAAUAUCCUUGAGUUUCAAUAAGUGGAUCAAUGGGAAGGGUAUAUUGGAUGAAGUUAUAAUCAAUGGCUUACGAGGAGUUGUGGAUAGGACACAUGUUGUAUGGAAAGAAAAUGACAAUCCUCGAAAUUACCUCAAUGUACGUCAGCCAGGGGACUUUGAGAUCUCGAACUUUAAAAUGAAUGAUGUGUUGUUCACUUUAUACCAACCAAACGGCUUCAGACCAUUUCAAGUGAGCAUUUUCAACUGCGAACUCCCCCAGUUACGCAAACACUGGCUGUUCUACGACAUUCUAAAUGCAACAAGCAUGAGCGGGACCUACGAUAAUGCUAUGUUUAUGAUCCAUAGGACAUACCGGAAACACGAGGACAGGGGAUCAUCACUGUGGAGGAACUUCACUAGAAUGCGAGUCGAUAACCUGAAUGUAGAUCAGCUGAAUGCCGGGGUAAAGGGCCCCUUUGGGUGGAUCACAAGUGGUCAAGUAGAUAUGAUUGGGGAUAUCCUUCUUCCAGAAGAAGAUCUCAACGCUUCUGAUCUCUAUGAUAUUCUAUCAAUCAUCGGAGACCGGCUACUUAAAGAGGCUCGAAACCACUCAUCUAUGCUCCCACUUCAACUCCCAAAAUCUGACGAGAUCGACCCGCAUCAAUACUUCAUCAUGGACUUCUUCCUACGCUUACAUAACGUCAGAGCAGAAGUACCGCUCUUCACAUCAGACUUAAGCUACAUUAACAACGCUCUAAUAAGGCCAAUAGUUGGCUAUAUCAACUCUAAGAGAAGCUAUAUCCCAAUCAAAUGCCGUAUAGUAAAAAACCUACUGGACUUCGAGGGCUCUUGGACAAUAUACGACUCCUUACUAAUGGAUGACCUCAGCGCGGAAGUUUACGACGCUUUCGCUGACUACGUCACCGACCAUGAACGCAAAAACCUCCGCAUGAAGCGUGUAGGAUUCUGGUCUCUGCAAAUCCUCAUUCAACUCAUACUCAUCAGCCUAGGAUCCAUAACAUGA